UCGUAAUGAACGCAGCCCCGGGACGUGGGAGGGAUUGACAGCCAGCCAGGACCGCUUCUAGUUUAGCUAGUUUACUACGUGCUUUUUAUUUGAUUGUAAUGUAUUAUUAAGUGCUCAACCAAGGAAGCUAACGUGAACUUGUUGUUUGGUAUACGAACAGCAUAGAUAACCUUUCAACAACAACAAAAAACACAAAUCGAAACAAGUAGCUGAACGACUGGUGAGGAGUGAGUGAGUGUGAGAGACAGACAGAAGGAGAGAGACAGAGGGAGUGGUCGUCAUGGCAGCUGAGGCGCAGAGACAGCGUUCUCUGUCUACAUCAGGAGACUCGCUCUACCUGGUCCUGGGGAUCAACAAGAACGCCUCACCGGAGGACAUCAAGAAGUCCUACAGGAAACUGGCUCUGAAGUUCCACCCAGACAAGAAUCCAGACAACCCCGAGGCUGCUGAUAAGUUUAAGGAAAUCAAUAACGCCCACGCCAUCCUGAACGACUGUACCAAGAGGAACAUCUACGAUAAGUACGGAUCCCUGGGACUCUACGUUGCCGAGCAGUUUGGAGAGGAGAACGUCAACACCUACUUUGUCCUCUCCUCCUGGUGGGCCAAGGGCCUGUUCAUCUUCUGUGGCCUGGCGACUGGCUGCUACUUCUGCUGCUGUCUGUGCUGCUGCUGUAACUGCUGCUGUGGGAAGUGUAAACCGCGGCCGCCCAUGGACCAGGAACCAGAGUUCUACGUCUCCCCUGAAGACCUGGAGGCACAGAUGCAGUCUGACGAGAGAGACGUUGGCGGUGAUCCCAUCAUGGUGCAGCCGUCCGGAACAGAGUCCACCAGGCUGACGUCAGACAGCCACUCCAGCUACCGGACCGACACCGGAUACAACUAAACACCCCCCUACACCCCACGCCCUUCAAGACUCGGUCCUGCCCGAGAGAAGGUUUCUUUGGCUGCCACUUGAAAUAUUAGCCUGAUAUUAUCAUCAAAACCCCAUUUCACUCUGACAAACACAAGCAUAAUUCCCACCAUCACCUCUAUCCACUGGCCUCUCCGUCUCCUCUAUCCACCGGCCUCUCCGUUUCCUCCCCAGCCACCAGCCUCUCCGUUUCCUCCCCAGCCACUGGCCUCUCCUUCUCCUCUAUCCACCGGCCUCUCCGUUUCCUCCCCAGCCACCAGCCUCUCCGUUUCCUCCCCAGCCACUGGCCUCUCCGUCUCCUCUAUCCACCAGCCUCUCCGUCUCCUCCCCAGCCACCGGCCUCUCUCCGUCUCCUCCUCUAUCCACCGGCCUCUCCGUUUCCUCCCCAGCCACCGGCCUCUCCGUUUCCUCCCCAGCCACCGGCCUCUCCGUUUCCUCCCCAGCCACCGGCCACACCGUUUCCUCCCCAGCCACCGGCCUCUCCGUUUCCUCCCCAGCCACCGGCCUCUCCGUUUCCUCCCCAGCCACCGGCCUCUCCGUUUCCUCCCCAGCCACCGGCCUCUCCGUUUCCUCCCCAGCCACCGGCCUCUCCGUUUCCUCCCCAGCCACCGGCCUCUCCGUUUCCUCCCCAGCCACCGGCCUCUCCGUUUCCUCCCCAGCCACCGGCCUCUCCGUUUCCUCCCCAGCCACCGGCCUCUCCGUUUCCUCCUCUAUCCACCGGACUCUCCGUUUCCUCCCCAGCCACCGGACUCUCCGUUUCCUCCCCAGCCACCGGCCUCUCCGUUUCCUCCCCAGCCACCGGCCUCUCCGUCUCCUCCUCUAUCCACCGGACUCUCCGUUUCCUCCCCAGCCACCUUCCUCUCCGUCUCCUCCCCAGCUACCGGCCUCUCCGUCUCCUCUAUCCACCGGACUCUCCGUUUCCUCCCCAGCCACCUUCCUCUCCGUUUCCUCCCCAGCCACCUUCCUCUCCGUUUCCUCCCCAGCCACCUUCCUCUCCGUUUCCUCCCCAGCCACCUUCCACUCCGUUGACUCCCCAGCCACCUUCCUCUCCGUUUCCUCCCCAGCCACCUUCCUCUCCGUUUCCUCCCCAGCCACCUUCCUCUCCGUUUCCUCCCCAGCCACCUUCCUCUCCGUUUCCUCCCCAGCCACCGGCCUCUCCGUUUCCUCCCCAGCCACCUUCCUCUCCUUCCUCUCCGUCUCCUCCCCAGCCACCGGCCUCUCCGUUUCCUCCCCAGCCACCUUCCUCUCCGUCUCCUCUCUAUCCGCCAGAGAGGGGGAAUCUUAUGUCGUCCUAGUAUUUCCUGAGCUAGGACUUUAACUAGGUUAUUCUCAGUGGGGUGAGGAGAGGAGUGUAGGGCGACCUGGACAUACAUUAUAUUCAUUAAUGGACAUUACGUUGGCUUCCACAUUGUGUGUGUGUGUAUAUAUAUAUAUAUAUAUAUAUAUAUAUAUAUAUAUAUAUAUAUAUAUAUAUAUAUAUAUAUA